UCUAUAGGUAACCUGUAAGGUCACCUUCCCAAGUAGAAAAGAUGAAUGUAACCAUACCCCGGUGAAAGGAACUUGGUCUCUCCACUCGUAAAUCCUGGUAUCCGCCAAUAGUUAUAACGGCCCACGCCCAUGUGUUAGACACCUUUCAUCGCUACGGCGGUGUCGUCGAUUUCUAGCCUCUUAUUCAAAGGUAACGACCUUGCCGUGUCGUGGUAAAAAAGUUGGGUAAUUCUUGACCGCUUACUUGGCAUCUAUGCUCAUUGCAUUGUGAUCAGCGUGAGUUCGACAUCAUGCACCCUCUCGUUCUCUCGGCUGCGAUCUUCGCGGCCAACGUCGCCGCUCAAGCAGAAAAUACGUACACUGCGACAGCAACCAGCGAUGUUGAGAAAGCUAGAGCUACGGCAAAAACUCUCAGCCCUACUAGCAAUGUUAAGGGAAAGGCCUUCGACCGACUCGCCAUCAUAUGGUUGGAGAACACGGAUUAUGACAUGGCAAUAGGCGAUCCAAACUUGACGUGGCUAGCCAAGCGAGGCAUAACGCUCUCCAACUACCAUGCGGUGACGCACCCCUCGCAGCCGAACUACAUCGCUGCUAUCGGCGGUGACUACUUCGGGAUGCAACACGAUGACUUCACGCAAGUUGACAAGAAUGUUUCUACCAUUAUCGACUUGCUUGAGGACAAGGGUAUCUCAUGGAGCGAGUACCAGGAAGACAUGCCGUAUAGUGGUUUCGAAGGUUUCGCGUAUAUCAACCAGAAAAACGGCAAAAACGACUACGUCCGGAAGCAUAACCCGGCCGUCAGCUACAACGCGAAUGCUCGCCUGGUCGACCGUCUAGCUGUCAUCAAGAACCUGACCACAUUCUACCAGGACCUCGAGAACGAGACUCUCCCGCAAUGGAUGUUCAUCACUCCCAACAUGACAAGCGACGGCCACGACACCGACGUGACCGUCGCCGGGACCUGGUCCCGGACCUUCUUGGAGCCCCUCCUCUCCGAUAAGCGCUUCAUGCAAAAUACCUUGGUAGUAAUCACUUUCGACGAGAACGAGACCUACUCUAUCCAAAACCGUAUCCUAGCCAUCUUAAUCGGCGACGCCGUGCCCGCCGAUCUAGUCGGCACCACGGACGAUUCAUACUACAACCACUACAGCGAGAUCGCGACCGCUGAAGCAAACUGGGACCUGCACACGCUCGGGCGUUUCGACGUCGGCGCCAACGUAUUCAAAUUCGUCGCUGAGAAGACGGGGGAUACCGUACGCUCCUGGAACGGUGAUGUCCCGCUCUCAGAUAUGUACUUCAACUCCUCGUACGCGGGGCCGCUGAAUGAGGAGGGCGGCAACAAGCGAUACCCGGCACCGAACUUGGUCGACGCGAGCGACUUGCACAACCGCACCGUGCUACCUAGCAUCAAGGAAGCGUGGGAGGGGAACUCAGCACCGGUGUACUAUUCUUCGAGCUUAGAGACUCCAGAUGGGCAACACCCGCCAAAGGGGUAUGCGCCGAGCGAAUAGAUAGCUUGGCGUAUGUCUAUAACCAGGUGCCUAGCUAUAAUCCUUAUACCUAUAGAAUACUAUAUGUUGGUAUUUCUCGAUUCCGCCCCUGCCGGCUUCUCUUCACUAAACGGCACACUUUUAAGAGAAAUAGAAGUACUGGGCUUAUUGGAGAAAUUGUCCCGUCGGUCGUAUUUUUCUUCCUUCGGUGGUCUGGAUUCUGGUCAAGUUAGCAUGGACUGAUCUCGAUGAGAAUAAAUAAACCAUACAGCCUUUUCCCUCUCACAACCAGGUUCAUCUUUCUAUCAAAUCCGGACAACCUAACAUAAGCCUAAGAUGUAACAUAAGUAAAAAGCAUUCGCCAGCUAGUCUUGGAAUAGCACCUAACGCAUCAUAUAAUAUAUUGGAUUUAGAAGAAGGGUGGAUAAUAGACACUCUAGAACUACGCGAUACAACAUAAAGUGAAAUGAGGUAGUUAGCCAAAAAUUCUAUUCCGAGGUAUCCUAGUUUUUAUCUGUCCCGAAUUGUUAGGCUGCCGGGCC